AUGGCUCCAAGUAGUAGUAGAAGACCAAGUUCAGCUCAUGGACAAGGAGAAGAAGAUGAGUUGAGAAUGAGAACGAGUAGCAGUGGCGAGCAAACGAGGAACAAACCAGAGCAAGGUCAGGAAAAAACAGGGCAUGGAUAUUGGGUAUAUAAGGAUGAAGGUUCGACAAAACAAUAUCAGUCUACAACGACUCGUCGACCAUAUCGACAGCAUCCAACCAACCAACCAACCAUGGCUAACAAGAACAAGAAGAAGACUGAGCAAAAGAAGGAAAAGAGUGAACAAUGGAGUCCGGUGACCAUGAAAACAAUUAAAUGGAGUAUCACCCGUGAGUUAACAAGAACCCGAACGCUCGUCUCUCUUGCUAACCGCGCUCUGGCACUUGAGAGAAACACCAAUAACAUCACCGUACUCGACGGGUAUCUGGCUCAACUGCGCAAUCAACUGGUCCUAAUCGAGGACCUCCCGGAAAAUGCGAUCGAUCUGCUCAAGACCAACAAUAAGCUCUGUACGCAGAAUGUGUUUGAAGCCAAUCGGGCUCAAAUAUCGGACCAUCUGGCAGAUCGUGGACACGAAGGGCUAGUCAAUCAAAUGAUAACGCUCAUCGGAGACGUGACAACUACGGUGAACAACUUCCGAUCUGGACGCGUUUCGGCGAUCCCAGAAACACCACCACCACCACCAUCCGAUGUUCUGGCUCCAGGAAAUGCGCAUACAACCGAUGGAAUCGCUCCGAGACGUGCACAACCAGAACAACACAUCCCUGAACGAUCGGUUCAGCAGACAAUCAAUCAAUCGGAUCAAUUGGAUCCAGGGUUCGAGUCGAAUUCAGGUCGACACUUGCCAAGCUCGACAAAAGCCUGCGAGAGCACUCACAGUUCGGAUUUCUCAGCUCACCCGCGGUCCAACAUACUCAACCGUGGUUCAUCCGAAGCCUCCCAAGACAUUGCCGAGUUUGCGGAUGAUUUGGCUGUUCGUAUCGGAACAAUCGAGCAUACUCAGACAUUGCUUUUGGAUUCAUCUGCCACGGCAAAUCGGGCCGUCAAAAAUCUGCAAGGCAACAUGCAAGCAAUCCAGGAAAGCAUGCAGAAAAUGCAGGAAAUGAUGUAUCAGGUCGUAAACCGCCAACCAACGUGGCAAACCGCUCCGGACAAGAAACAGGAAUCAGAACCGGCAACUACGAGUAAGGACAAACAAGUCCCGGAGCCAUCGACCAGUCUAUCGGAAACUCCCAUCCUUCGUCAAAGCUCUUCAAUGAAACAGGAGAACUCGUCUCCACCUCCACCCGUAGUGACGCCGAGGAACGAUGCGGUGGACUCACCUAGCUUUCGUCAGAACCCUCCGGGGUCACAGGUUGGAUGA